AUGCCUCCCAAGCAGAAGAAGAAAGCAUCCCGCGAGAAAAAGCAACAGCAACAGCCGCAAAAGCAACCGCAAGCCUCCUCCGAUUCCUCUCCUUUGACAUCCCCCGUGAAAGCCACAACCAAUUACCGUGAAAUACACCAGCUCGAGGUCGAGGCUUUGCGCUCGAUCUACGGCGACGACUACGAAGAAGUCAAAACGCGACGUUCAGCAUGGCAUCAAUCUUCCGACUUGACCUUCAAGCUCCAUUUGCGAGCCUCCACAAACCCAGACGUACGCCUCGUGCUACUUGUCGAAUUGCCUGCGACGUACCCCAAAACCGUCCCGAAUCUUUCGCUGGAAAAUGUCGCCGAUUUUCGCGAUGGCGCCCGCUCGCGGAUCCAGGAGAUCAUUCAUAAUAAACCGAAAGCUCUCGUCGGCUCUGAGAUGAUCUACGAGUUAGCCGUUGCCAUUCAAGAUGUUCUCGAAGAUGUUGCCCAAGCACGCGAACAAGACAAGGACCUCCCCAGUCUCGAGGAAGAACGAAUGGAACAAAAGGCUGCCGCCAUUCAGCGAGCGGAACAGGAAAAGCAGGAAGAAAUGCGCAAGCAGGAAGCAGCAACUGCCGAGGAAGAACGCGCUUUUCAUGAAAUGCUUCAAGAUAAGAUGCGGCAACGAAAUAAAGCUCGAGUCAUGAGGCGCAAGAGCCGGACCAGCGGAAUGGAUGCCAAUGACGCAGGAGAUGAUCUCGUGGAGAAUACCCCCGGCGCAAUUACCUUUGAUCCGCCAUUGGCUGUCAAUGACACUGAUGAGCAGCUGUUGGUAUUCCGUGCCGUACAUGGCAAAACGCUUGUGCGGUCCAAACCUUGCAAGAAGACGUUUACUGUGCGACCCGUUGUAUCCGAAAACCGAUGCCAUGUUCCACUUCUCGUGCUGAAAGAAAUCUUUUUGGAAGACAAAGGUGCCGAUACCCUGGCUUUCCGCGAGCAAAUGCGGACCAGCGAAGAUAAACUAGAGGCCCUGAAGCGACUUCGACAUGCCAAUUUGAUCGAAUUUGUUGGAUUCAAGAUCAUUCGCCCAAUAAGCGAUUUUAAUUCACCAGAUAACUCAUGGACGGUCUUCGCCCUUCUCGAAUUUGCGAACAAAGGGUCACUCUCCGAAUUACUGGAUAUUGUGGGCACAGUGGCCGCCGAGACGCUUCGAGGCUGGAUGAUUCAGCUCUUGGAAGCCCUUGAAUUUUACCACCGCAGUGGAUUCGUUCAUGGUAAUAUCAACUGCGGCCGGGUGAUGCUGUGUCGAUCUGUCUCUGGCGGCACCAUUGUGAAACUGCAGACCAGUUUGGAAGAGGCUCUGCCAGAUGCCCCUUGUGGACGACGUUCUUUGACCACCUCCAAGUCUCCUCUGUGGCUCCCCCCAGAGCUGACAGAAGAGAGUGGGCCUCCAACCAUGAAGACUGACGUGUGGGACCUUGGCAUUGUUCUGCUCCAGAUGGCCUUCGGGAAGGACGUUCUUCUCAGAUACACUUCAGCCAACCAAUUGAUGAUUUCACUGGGCCUUUCGCCGCCGUUGCAAGAUCUGUUGCAAGAGUUCUUCCGACCAGAUCCAAGGAAGCGCCCGACAGCCUUCCAACUCCAGCCAUCGGAAUUUUUCCGAGUUGAUGCACCUCUGACUAUGCGGGAUCGCUCGUCAGAUUCCGUAUCAUUCCAAAGAAGACCGCGGUUGGACUCCUUUGGAGCCAUGCCCGUCUUUUCCCGUUAUCAUCAAGACUUCGAUGACGCUGGCCACCUCGGUCGAGGCGGCUUCGGUCAAGUUGUGAAAGCUCGAAAUAAGCUGGACGGCCGUUUCUACGCCAUAAAAAAGAUUUCUCAGACAUCAGCUGCAUCGUUAAAGGAUACGCUUUCCGAGAUCAUGUUGCUUUCUCGUCUAAAUCACCCCUAUGUUGUCCGGUAUUACACUGCCUGGCUCGAAGAGGAUUUCAACCAUGUGGAGGAUGAGGCUAUCUCCUCCACGGAGGGCGACCCAUAUGCUAGCCAGGACCAUCGGGGCUUUAGUACUGGAGGCCUCGAUUUUAUCAGUUCCAGCGGAUACCCAAAAAUUGAAUUCGCCGCCUCAGGAAGUGACGACGAUGACGAUGAUGACGACGACGAUGACGAUGAAGAUGAGGGGACAUUUUCCAACGGUGGCCCCAGUGGGAGCCCUGGAAAGUACGGAACAAGAUGUGCACAGGAUUCCGAAUUGAGCCAGACACGAUCCGGCUCGUAUGGAAGACCUGUUCUGACUACCCUUUACAUUCAGAUGGAGUAUUGCGAGAAGCAUACUCUGCGUGACUUGAUCAGGAACGGCUUAUACGAUGAUAUUGAUCGAUCUUGGCGCCUCUUUCGGCAAAUUCUUGAUGGAUUGAGUCAUAUCCACAGUCAUGGAAUUAUCCAUCGAGACCUCAAACCUGACAACAUCUUCAUUGAUGUUGCUAAUAAUCCUCGAAUCGGUGAUUUCGGUCUUGCUACGAGUGGUCAGUUCAUGACCGCAGUACGUUCAUCUGCGGCUGCAGAUUUCGAAGGAAACUUCACUCGUAGCUUAGGCACAACCUACUAUGUUGCUCCAGAGAUGAAGUCUGGCUUCUCCGGACAUUACAACGAGAAGGUUGAUAUGUUUUCUCUUGGAGUCAUCUUCUUCGAAAUGUGCCACGCAUUGCCUACGGGUAUGGAACGUGACCAGACGUUGAGGGCAAUCCGGGAAAAGCACCACACACUGCCUGCUACCUUCCAACACUCCGAAAAGGCUGUCCAGGGCCAGAUCAUCGAGUCUCUACUGAGCCACACUCCGAGCGAACGGCCUACAGCAGCGGAGCUUCUAUCGAGUGGUAGAAUUCCUCUGCAGGUCGAAGAAGAGACAUUCAGAAGAGCCAUCGUCCACCUGCUUUCGAAUCCAGACUCACCGGACUACAAAAAGAUACUUUCAGCCAUCUUUUCACAGUCCCCGAAGAAGUUCGAGGAUAUUGCGUGGGAUAUAGAUUCUCGUGAGGCGCCGGCAGCAAACGAACUACUUUUACAGGGACUUAUUAAAGAUAAGCUCAUGUCUAUUUUCCGACGACACGGGGCCGUGGAGUCAGCCAGACAAAUGCUGUUUCCUCGGUCCCAGCACAACCCUACUGCGGCUGUGCGUCUGUUGGAUGCGUCGGGCAAUCUUCUUCAAUUGCCAUAUGACCUCACGGUGCCGAAUGCACGGGCAAUUCCCCGACAAGAUCCCUCGUUGGAGAAGACUUUCGCAUUUGGGACGGUGUACAGAGAAUCAACUCAUGGUAGUGAGCCUCGUCCUCUGCGAGAAGUCGAUUUCGACAUUGUUUCAUACAACACUCUGGACUUGGCAUUGAAGGAAGCCGAAGUGAUCAAGGUCCUUGACGAGAUCAUUGAAGAGUUCCCACCUCUGCGAUCGGCGAAAAUGUGCUUCCAUGUCAACCAUUCUGAUCUCCUUCAGCUUAUUAUGGAGUUUUGUUCUAUCACGCCGUCUCAGAUUCCCCGGGUGAAGGAUGUCAUCAGCAAGUUGAAUAUUGGUAGAUACACGAUGCAGAAGAUCCGAAGUGAGCUUCGGUCUCCAGAAAUUGGUGUUGCUUCAACUUCAUUGGAUGAUUUAGCCCGGUUUGACUUUAGAGAUACCCCAAAAGAGUCUUUGCGGAGACUGCAAAACAUUAUGGAAGGAACUGAAUAUGCGGAGCGACUUCCUCCCAUCUUUGCCCGACUGAAUGUGCUCAUGACAUAUCUGCAAUGCUUCGGAUUGAAUCGCAAGGUCUACGUCAAUCCGCUGAGCAGUUUGCACGAGAAUCUCUAUCGUGGCAGCAUUUUAUUCCAAUGCAUCUUUGAUGGCAAGCGCCGUGAUGUCUUCGCCGCAGGUGGUCGGUACGACCGGUUGAUCCAAGAAUUUUCGCCUAAGGUCCUGUCAAACCGUCCCCAAGCCCAUGCAGUGGGAUUCAAUCUCAGUUCCGACCGUUUGGAUACUCUUAUGACUACACAUGUGCAGUCGAAGGGUCCUUCGAAGGACUCUGACACUGGACCUGACAUUUAUUGGGCAACUCGCAGAUGUGAUGUUCUCGUCGCGAGCUUUGACCCAACCGCCCUCCGCACAACGGCCGUGAAGCUCAUCGAAAACCUCUGGAACAAUGGCAUUAGUGCUGAACUCGCAGUUGACGCGUCAUCGGUAGAAGAGCUGAUUGCCAAGUACAAAGACAACAGCCACCGCUGGAUUGUAAUCGCGAAACAAGAUAGCAAAGAGCGAGGCUUCAAAGUUCGAAAUCUCGUGCGCAAAGAAGAGCUCGAUAUUCGUUCCAGUGACAUUGUGACUUGGCUCCGAUCCGAGAUCCAAGCGCGACAACUGCGCGAGGGCAACAACAUUACUGCCGGUGGUUUACGCCAACCCCGCCAGGCAAGUCAACAGAAUCCACUCGAAAGUGACCAGGACGUGCAGAUUCUCGUUCCGCAACACCGAAGCAAAAAGACCAAUCGGAGGAACAUCAUUGAAUCAGCUAUCUUCUGCUCUCGUGAAGUUGCUGAAAAUGCUUGCAAAGGACCCAUUGCCGCCAUUGAUAUUGGGGACGACAUCCUUGACUCCAUUCGUGAUACGCGACUCUCCGACCCUGACAGUUGGCGUGCCACCAUUCAAAACGCGCCACUAAACGAACGCAAGUACCUCACUCAGGUACACGAGCUUCUUCGCGACAUGGCUUCGACAGGUCAUGCUCGUAGUGGUGCAGAUGGCUACACCAACGCUUUCAUCUACAACUUGCGUACUGGUUCAUGCGUGUACUACGACCUCGGACCUAGCGGCAGGUAG